AUGACCCGUAAAGUCCUCAGUAACACUCGGGAGCGCUGGCGUCAGCAGAGCGUGAACACGGCCUUCACCGAGCUGAGGAAGCUCAUCCCGACCCACCCGCCCGAUAAGAAGCUGAGCAAGAACGAGAUCCUGAGGCUGGCCAUGCGCUACAUCACCUUCCUGAUCACGAUUCUGGAGAACCAGAGUCACGGAGCCACCGAUCACUCGCCUUCCUCCACCCUCAUCACCCUCAUCACGGGAAACAUGAGGAACCUGAGGAACCUGAGCUCCAGCACUGAAGCCUCCUCACCCGGAUCCAGCAGUGACGGUGCAGAAAGCUGGUAG